ACUGAGUGAUCUUCAGAAACUAAAUUGUCAAACCACAAGAACUGGUAACGCUGUGACAAUGUCAGUCAGUCUGGCACCUUUAGAGCCCACUUGUCCUGACUUGUAUGAAGAUGAGUCUCAAGAGGGUUGUUGCCUCACAGUGUUUCAUUUCUGGUAUGUGAACCAAAUCUACAAGGAAAAAAUGAAACACAUCGAGAGAAAGAAUGGCGUUAAAACUGUAGCACAAGUCAAAGUGACAUUUGAAACUGAUGGGGAAGAUGGAAGCCCACGCAAGGCCCUUUCUGAGUUUGCGAACCUGGUCCGGAGUAGCUUGGCUGAAGUCAAAAGCUCAGUCAUUCCACUCAAGUUCGUAGAUCCAGAUCAGUGGAGCGAUGCAGUGAAAGUCAUUCGAAAAAACGAGAACAAGCUUUUGCUUCUUCUGUCUUCAGAGGAAGUUACCAUAGGCGGGCCAAGCCAAAGUCAAGAAGCCUUCAGUGCAACCUUAAAUGCAAUGCAGAAAACAAAUACCUCUUUGCAAGAGUAUAAACUUACACCUCAAGAUGCAUCACUGAAGACAGGCACAGCCAUCAAACACCCUUCCACUGGUGCAGGACUGACCACGCGGGAGAGCUGCUCGACUCGUACACAAUGCCCAGAAAAUGUCAAGGAGGGGGGUCAACAGCAAGGGGGGAGCAAAGAUGAAACCUGCCCUAUAUGCAUGGAUCUGUUUACCAAUAAGAAACAACUGAAGUGUAAACAUGCGUUUUGUGAGGAAUGCCUGCAAAGCGCAGAGAAAUUCAGCGGACCCAUCUGUCCUGUUUGCAAAGACGUGUUUGGUGUGAUGAUUGGAGACCAGCCGGAGGGAACGAUGACAUGGAGAAGAGAUGCUGCAUCUCUUCUUGGAUUCGAAGACUGCGGUCACAUAGAAAUCGCCUACAAUAUUCCACGUGGAAUACAAACGAAAAAGCAUCCCAACCCGGGACAGCCCUACAACGGCACUGCCAGGACGGCAUAUCUCCCAGACAAUAAAGAAGGCAACAAAGUGCUUCAACUGUUGAAGAAAGCGUUUGACCAGAGGCUGAUUUUCACAGUUGGGACAUCCAUAACAACUGGUAUUGAGAACCAAGUGACCUGGAGUGACAUUUCCCACAAGACGUUCAUAUUAGGAGGACCGGCGUGUUUUGGAUAUCCUGACCUGAACUAUAUAGAACAAGUCAAGAGGGAGCUGAAGGCCAAGGGUGUUGAGUGAAUUUGACACUGAGUGAAGUCAAAUAUCCUUUUCAUUCAGAUUUAUUGAAUAUUAUGCUCAGUAU